AUGUCUGUUUUUUUUAGGUUAAACGGAUUUAUAUUUUUUUUGGUUAUUAUGGCUUUUAGUGUCAUUGUUGUCUUAAAAAGGAAUAAAUAUAGCCAUGUAAUCUUUAGAUUAAUUUUAUAUAGUGUAUUGAUUUCUUUGGUUAUGUGUAUUUAUUUUAAUAUGUUUUUUAGUCUAUUAUUUAUAUUAGUAUAUGUAGGAGGAUUGUUAUUAUUUAUAUUGUAUGUUCUUACUAUGGUAAGAAUUUCGGAAAAAACCGCUAAGGGUCUUUCUUAUAGUAGGUUUAUUCUGAUAAUCCUAAUUAUUGAUAGGUUACCGUUUGUUUAUGAGAGUCAUUCUCUUUUUAAUCUUUUUAGUGUGUAUAGUGUUAUAUAUUGUUAUAUAUUUGUUGCUGCUUGUUUAUUAGGAUUUUUGUUAUAUAUUUGUUUAGAAUUGUUAUUCUUUUAUGAGAAGUAA